AAAGGCCAGCGCUAUGAAGCGGUGAAGUGGAUGAUGGUUUUUGCCAUUGGAGUUUGCACGGGGAUGGUGGGCCUUUUUGUAGACUUUUUCGUCCACCUCUUCACCAGAAUCAAAUUCCACGUGGUGCAGAACUCGGUGGAGGACUGCAGCGAGAAAGGUUGCCUAGCCAUCUCGCUGCUAGAGCUACUGGGCUUCAACCUCACCUUCAUCUUCCUGGCCAGCCUCUUUGUCUUAAUCCAGCCAGUAGCUGCCGGAUCUGGGAUUCCAGAGAUCAAGUGUUACUUGAACGGAGUCAAGGUCCCCGGGAUCGUGCGUCUUCGGACUCUGAUCUGCAAAGCUCUGGGGGUGCUUUGCAGCGUGGCUGGAGGUCUUUUCGUAGGGAAGGAAGGCCCCAUGAUCCACAGCGGCGCUAUCGUCGGGGCCGGCCUACCUCAGUUCCAGAGUAUCUCUUUAAGGAGGAUCCGGUUUAAUUUCCCCUAUUUCCGAAGUGACAGGGACAAAAGAGAUUUUGUGUCUGCUGGUGCGGCCGCUGGAGUGGCCGCAGCCUUUGGGGCACCCAUUGGAGGGACGCUUUUCAGCCUAGAAGAGGGCUCUUCCUUUUGGAACCAGGGCCUCACGUGGAAAGUGCUCUUCUGCUCCAUGUCCGCCACCUUCACCCUCAAUUUCUUCCGCUCCGGCAUUCAGUUUGGAAGCUGGGGCUCUUUCCAGUUGCCAGGCCUGCUGAAUUUUGGGGAGUUCAAG